AUGGAGAUCGGCCUAAUUGGCUUGGGAGUGAUGGGACAUAGUCUUGCAUUGAACAUUGUCUCAAGGGGAUACAGGCUGCAUGUUUUCAACAGGACAUCCUCGAAGACGGACGACCUUGUGAGGGAGAGGAGAGACAUCUGCCCCCAUUAUUCCGUGGAGGACCUGGUUGUGGGCAUCAAGACUUCUCCGAGGGUCAUUCUUCUGAUGCUGACCUCUGGAAAAGUGGUGGAUGUCUUUCUCGAGGAGCUCAGCAGAUACCUGGGCAAGGACGAUGUUGUCAUUGACGGGGGAAACUCCUCAUACAAAGACACCAUCAGAAGAAAUAGAUACAAGUUUGGAUUCGUCGGGUGUGGGAUUUCUGGAGGAGAAGAGGGAGCCAGGUACGGGCCGUCCAUCAUGGUCGGGUGUGACAAGGAUUCCUGGGAAAAGGUCCAAGGAUUUCUUACGGAUAUUUCUGCAGUCGAGGUCUCUGGAAGCAAGCGCUGCUGCGUAUGGCUUGGGGAGGGAGGGGCCGGACACUUUGUCAAGAUGGUUCAUAACGGAAUCGAGUACGGGGACAUGGCAAUAAUCUCCGAGACAUAUCUAGUCCUGAAGUCCCUGGGGUUGAGCAACAUGGAGAUAUCCUCACUGUUUGACAGUUGGAACGGAAUGGAGUCUGAAAGCUAUCUCCUUAGAAUCUCGUGCUCGAUCUUGAGAAUGGAGAACGAGAGAGGAAGCGUGCUUGACCAGAUAGCAGACGUCUCGGGGCAGAAGGGCACUGGAAUGGAAGCAGUGGUGUCGUCAAUGGAGAUGGGGCAGCCCAUUCCAGCAAUAAUGGAGGCAGUUGCAUCCAGGAUGGUAUCAUAUGCAAAGAAGAAAAGGUGCUGGCUCUCCGAAAGGUUAGAGGGUGGGAAGGGAAGGAGGGAGAUGUCUCUGGAUGCGGCCAGAAGGGGGUUUUACCUUGCAAGAAUGGUUUCGUGCGUGCAGGGAUUCAACCUGCUGAUGAGAGCCAGGAAGAAGCAUGGGUGGCCAUACACCAUCGAAGAUAUCUCGCAAGUGUGGAGCAAUGGAUGCAUCCUCAGGGGAAAGCUGUUGGACGUGGUUAGGAGCAUGGGGAAGGAGAGACAGGAUGAUUUUGAGCUUACGUCUGAAUUUGUGUCUCUGUGCAACGAAUACUACCAAGACCUCAAGGAAAUGGUUCUGUACUCUACUGAGUGCGAGGUGCCAACUCCAACGAUCUCGUCUUGCCUAAUGUACCUUAACGGGAUGAAGAAGGAGGAGGGAGGGGGGAACAUGAUUCAGGCAAUGAGGGACUAUUUCGGGGCCCACAUGGUGACGAUGAAAGGAGAGGAUGAGGCUGUGCAUGUACGGUGGAACUAG